UAAAGGUAUAACUGAAUGGCACCAACAUGUGGGUUUAGAAGGUCUAAGUAUGCAUUAAGACAACAAUAAAUCCAAAAAAAAUCGAUUUCAAGCAAUGUGGUUCGUUUUCUUUCAACUUUUAUUCCCAGACCACGCCCAUCCUACAAAAACGAAAAUCUUCGGGAAUCUUCGGGAAUCUUCGGCGAUGACGACAACAAAGGAAGGCCGAGCGAUCUCUCUCGGGAAUAUCAUGGCGGUGCAGUGCAUUUGCAUGUGAAUAGUUUCUUGCGAUAUCAUACGAAAUAUCAAUUGAUAUGGUGAAUAGAUGUGUUUUGUUCGGCUGUAGUGCCACGGCCGAUGCAUCCAGUGCUCUUUCGACGCAUUCAUUCCCGAAAAAACCAGCAAUUCGACGUCAGUGGGUGAAGUUUGUACAAACAACGAGAGCGGACUUCGUGGAUCCGAAACCGACCAACACUUCGGCCGUAGUGUGCUCAAAACACUUCACUGACGAUUGUUUUGAAGUACCAUUAUCGUUUGCCCAGAACGAAAGUGGGUUUCAGAAGAAGUGCCGAAGAUUGAAGAAAGAUGCAGUGCCUACCAUACCUUCUAAGAACCUUCCCAUGAAGCGUGUAUCAUCAGAGAUGGAGUUCAACUCGAACUUGAUCUCUGAUGAUAUAGGUUCAUCAGACCCAUUCUCGAACUUCGAGAAUGGGUCUGAUGAACCUAGGCCUAGCACAAGCAGUGGUGCUGUUGGUGGAAGAUCAGCUUACAAGAAAAGAGAGAGGAAGAGGUUAUUAUUGCAGGUACUAGAUGACAGCAAGCCCGCAGCAACUGAUGAGCAGCAAGAUUCGCCAAAUGAGCCUAACCCAGAUCUGGAUGUAUCAAGUUCUUUACCUGAAGCUGAAGUCGAGUCACCUCUAAUGGUCACACCAAUAUCUCUGCCACGACUAGAGGCAUUUACUCCAGUCAUUCCGAGAUCUGAGCCAAGAUCAAGAGGACGCCCUAAAAAGCAGACAACUGUAAGAUCAAAAGCAACUGAGUGCAACAUAGCUGGACUGCCUCCAUUGACUCUGUUGCCUCCCAAAGAUGCCCAAGUACCAGAUGUACCAGAUGAAAGUGUAGACAUCCAGGGGAAUUUGCCGUCUCCAGCCAAGUUGAUUCCAUAUACCAUGCCAGCGGAUGUAUCUUGGGGAGUGGAGAAAUCUGAAAGUGGGGAGAGCUUCUUUGAUGAUCCCUAUGAUGUUGAUUGGGAACCAGAAGAGGAGAAGAUUCAAGAUUUGACAAUAGAUGAUGAUGGUGGAGGUGAAGAAGCCAAGGGCAAAAAGUAUGUUGUAUAUGAAAAGGAACUCCUCGAUCUGUUCUCAAUAUGCCGUAUUUGUUGUGUGCGUGGGGCAACUGCAAAGAUAUCGACAAGAAAUGGGACUUCUAUAACAAUCGAACAAGACUGCCUAUCCUGUGAUGGUACGAAUCAUUGGACAAGUCAACCAAAAGAAGGACCUAUCGCAGAUGGCAAUAUUUCCCUGUCGGCUGCCAUCUUGUUUGCUGGUGCGCUCCCAACCAAGGCCCUACGUGUACUUGACUUCUGGGGUGUCCAAAUCUACACGAAGGACACAUACUUCACUCGCCAGAAGAAGUAUCUCCACGGAGCAAUCAGGAAUGUAUGGGGGAAGCAGAGUGAAGAAAACUUGGCAGCCCUAGAAACUGAUGCCUCAUUCGCCGGAGAUGCUCGAAUGGAUUCGAUGGGGCAUUGUGCCAAGUACGGCUCGUAUAGUCUUCACGACACAAGAAGGAAUGUCUUGAUUUUCACAGAACUUGUUCAGAGUACAGAGGUCAAGUCCAGCUACCACAUGGAGAUCGAGGGUUUGAAGAGGUGCCUGAGUAAAGUUGAAGCGGCCAAGCCAGACUUGACACCAUCUUUGACAACUGAUGGACACCUUCAGAUACAGAAGUGGUUGAGGGAGACGAAGCCAAAUGUGACUCAUUACCUCGAUGUAUGGCAUGUCGCAAAAAAUCUUCAGAAGAAGCUGACAGCCUUAGCCGCCAUGAAGAAGUUUGCCCAGGUUUCAAGGUGGAUUCGAGGCAUCCUGCAUCACUUAUACUGGUGUGCGGCUACAAGUGAUGGAGAUCCAGAUAUGCUGGAGGCAAAAUGGUCUUCAAUUGGCAAUCAUUUGGCGGACAUCCACAAUCAUCGCAACCGUAUCUUUCCGAAAUGUUUGCAGUAUUGUGAGAGAUUGGUUUAAGCCAGGCACUGAAGUUUUUGAGAAGCUGGUAGACAUCCUCUUGUCGAAGACGUUGAUCAAGUCUGUGAGGAAGCUUAGUCCAGAUGGGCAGACAUCUACACUGGAGGGGUACCAUGCCACAGUCAUACAUUUUGCACCAAAAAUGUAUCACUUUGGAUACUUAGGCAUGAAGAGCAGGCUACAGUUAGCUGGACUCCACUUCAAUGAGAACAGUGGCAGGGACCAAGCCAAACUAAAGAAUGGGGAAGAACAAUUCAACAUUUCAUUCCCCAAAUUCAAGAAGGGAGGCUUUUCAGUGAAACGUGUUCUGACCAAGUGCACAUUCAACUAUGUGACUGAACUUCAGAAAGAGGUGUGCAGAAUCACCGAGCUGGAGAAAUCUGUCAGAAUGAAGAACCCCCACCCCCACUUUCCAGUGCCUUCGAACAUCCGGAUAAGCAGGAAGCCAUCAACAAAUACCAGAGUGGAAAACGCUACGUGGAGCAUGUGGGGAAGUAACUUGUGUUGGACUUCUAGAUUCCAGUGUAAACUGUAUGUGGUGGGAGCCAAUUUGGUUUGACGACCAUCAAGUUGAAGCUAUCACAAAUUGCAUCCCCGGCCUUGGGCCUAGUCAUCAUUGAUUUUGUACGGGUCCUGUUUAACAAACAUAACAUCACCAGUAUUGGCAUUUUAUAUGAGCAAUGUAUUUAAAA